AUGCUUUUUCCAUCAAUCGCUAUUAAUCAAACAGAAUUUAAUUCUAAACCUCCCACAAAAAACACCGCACUUGCAGACCGAGACAACCAUCCUCAUGAUGCCUACCUAAUGUUGGGGUUAGAUGAAAUCCGGUUUAACUCUCGUGGAUCUAAUGAUCUUUGGGUUGAAGACUGUCACUUCCGUCCACAUUCUCCCAGGCCCCAUCACCGACGUCAAACUGCCAAACAAAUCCCAGCCUCUAGGCAAGGAUCUGAUGACGAAUCCGAUGUUAGUGAGAUAUGGAAGGAAACCUAUAAGGACCUGGUGAAUGAAGGUCAAGGCGAUUAG